AUGACCACUAAGCACCAGGAGGAAGUGUACUUUUUUCAAACGGUGAAGAGUAUAUAAAGAUAUGUUCCUGUUAUGUCCUCUAUUUUGUAGAGCUCCACAUUAGAUUCUCUUAAUCAUGCAACUGCAUUUAAAGAACAGAGCAGCUAAGAUCACAAUAAUACUAAUACUGAUAAACCUGGUCCCAGAAUUUGCUACAAGCUAUCUACGUCCCAGUAAGGUGAUAUAUACCUGCUGCACAUCUGUGUCCCGCAAUAGGUUUACCUUCAACAUCACUCAUUUUCGUGAACAGCGACUACAGAAACCAUGUGUAUCUGCAAUAAUAUUCUAUACCAAGGAAAAAGGAGCAAUAUGUUCAGAUCCCAGUGCAAAGUGGGUAAAAAAAAAAGUCAAAGAACUUAGCCAGAAACAGAAAUAAAAAUAUCAGACUGCAAGAAGAAAAGUGAACAGCAGUAAUAAAAUCAAAUAACGUUAACCACAAUGAAUGAAUUUUGAACUUUUGAAUCAUGUGAAAACCUUUUGACUACCUACUUACCAUGGCAUUAACAUAAUUACCUGGUUACUUUCAAAACUGAUGAUUUGUAGAUUGUUUAAAUUUCUCUACAUUAAGCUGAUGGGUAUUGGUGUUUGAAUGUUGUUUUAUUAUAUAUCUGUAACACAUAAAUUAAGUUGAAAAUGUAUUGCUGUUUGUUGUGAAAAAAUGUUAAAUUAAAAAAAGCAAAUAUGUUUUCAAUGACCUAGUCAUGCAUACAUGCACAGUCACACAGAAAUACAUACAUGUACACACGCACCCACACAUACACACACACACACACACACACACACACACACACACACACACACACACACACACACACAUCCAUAGUAUAGCUCACAGUAGUAUUAUAUGUCUAUUAAUUCCUUUAACGGCAUAAUUCCAUGUGUUGCAAUCAUACCUGACGUGAAGAGAAUUGAAAUGCAUUUUACCACAAGUGAUGUAAUGAUAAAGUAGAUGUUCAUCUAACUGCUACUUCUCCAUAUUUCCAAAAGGAAAUAUUAAAGUCUCGUGACCUGU